GAAGAGAGAGAGAGAGAAAAAAAAAAAACAAAAAAACAAGAGGCUUAAAUCAACUCAGAGAAGGGAGGGAGGGAAAGAGGAGGGGACAGAAAACGCCCUGGAAGCCUAAGUGGUCGAGAAAUAGGAAAACAGAGACAGACGUCUGACAGACUGCAAACUUGUGACAGUGUGAAAAGUGCUCUGUUUAUGCUGGGGUGAAGGGGAGAAGACACGUUUUUCAAGGAUGCUCAUGCGGGUGUGAGGCUUCUUUGGCGCAGCGAUUGCGCACAGAAGUCAAAAAAGAAGAACACAAGAAGCAGACUGAAGUCCUUGGAUUAGCUUGAGCAAUCCAAGGAAAACAACAACAGCAUUUUCCUCGAACCAGGACUGGAUCAGAGGAAAACAAAAUCAAGAUGGCUGACGAAGAGGACACCAGGGAAGUGCUCUUUCAAGACUGGGAGGGCCCAGACAAAACUGGCUUGACCAUCGAACACACAAGUGGAGGGGAGCUCCUCGUCAAGGAGGUGAAAGGAGAGUCACCUGCAGCAAGAUCUGGAAAAGUAUAUGAAGGUGAUCAGAUUGUGGGUGCAACUAUCUACUUUGAAAAUAUGAGCUCCGAAGAGACAGCAGAGUUACUGAAAACAUUGAACAAACACAAAGUUGGACUGAAACUACAAAACAAAGGAGACAAAUCCCCUUGCUACUCACCCUUGAGCACACCUUGUCGUUCUCCAAUGGGCACCCUCACGUGGGAAGGGAAGUCACAGUUUGGAGCAUCAAGUCCAGAAAUCAUUCUCAGUGGAGAUGAUGAGGACUACAAGAGAAUAUACACAAAGAAGAUUAAACCAAGGCUGAAGUCUGAAGAUCUUGCAGAAGGAGUGGAUGUUCGUACAGAGCGACACAGCAGCACUAGCAGUGAUGGCAGUACUAUUACAACCAUCACUCGCCGCAUCACUACUUACACAGUGGAUAUGCCAAGUGGGAUAGGUGAGAAACAAGAACUUUCAAGCUCAGACUUCAAGGGACAACGGCAUGACUCUGGAGAUGGCUCUCCUCGUGUCAGGAUAUUGCACGGCAGUCCUACAGUUAAAGGGGUGGGAGAAGAGGGUGUUUUUGAGACAUGCAAUGUAACCUAUUCUGGUCUAAAAGGUAGCUCAACAGAAACAAAUACAAGUGGAGAUCAGUCAAAGAUAAUUAUAAGAGAGGGAACAGAAGGAAGUAAGGACCUCAGAUUUAAAGGACCUAAGUUUGGAGUUAUAGGUCAUGAGGGCACUAAAAUCUUAAGAGAAAGUGAAGAACAGACAGCUGGAAGAAUAGAUGAGUCUGAAAAACAGACUACAUCUGGUGAAAGUAAAAGCACUUUUAUGAAGGUUGUUACAGUAGGAGGGUCAGCAAAUGCAGAAUUAACCACAAAUGAUGAAAACAAGAGAUCAGCUAGUCUGUCUCUGCCACAAGAAGACAUUAAGAUCCAGAGAGCAUCUGGAGACACAUCCCUCCACCUAAACAAGGGAUCAAGUUAUUUUGAUGUUAAAACAGUUGGAAAAUCUGCUGAUCCUGGAAUGGUAACACUUGUUACAGAGACUAAUAUCAACACUGGUUAUUCUUCACAUCCAGACAGAAGUUCAUUGACAAGUAGGCAAACUACUCUUCCAAGUGCAAAGCCAAAAAGUGGGGAAAAAGAUGAGGGAGUUCCAGCAGCAACAAAAGUAGAGUUUAGAUGUCCUGAUGUAAACACUGAAAGAAAAGAAGGUGAUUUGAAAUUACCACAUAUAAACACAUCAUCAUUAAAGACCACUAGUCAAGGCAGCUCAGAAGUAGCCAUUAAAUAUCAAGAAAUGGAUUCAGACGUUGAUAAAUCUCAGGUAACUGAUAAUGAUGGCUUUCAUUUCAAAACGCGAACAAGAACAGAGAUAGACACAAGAAGUAAAGGCAAAGCCGACAUGUCAGAUUCAAAGGUAGGAGUUGAUGUAAGAAUGCCUGAGAUUAAUCUGAACUUGAAAGGUUCAACAAUCAAAGGUAAUGUGGAUGUAGAAAGUGUAAGGACAGCAGUAGCUGAAAGAGAAGAUUUUGAGUCAAAGGACGGAUUUCCAUUAUCCCAAAUUAAAAUGCCAUCAGUUAAGAGCAAAGACCAAAAACUUGAUGUGAGAGGGAAAAGUCGUAAAACUGAAAAUGACAUGGAAAUUACACAGCCAAAGACAAAAACAGAUGUAAAAUAUACAGAAGUGGGAGCACCAGUAAUAACAAUACCCAGCAUAUCUGGACCAAAAAUGUCCAUGCCAGAUGUAGAUAUCAACUUGAAAGGCCCAAAACUCAAAGCUGACAUGGAUGUUUCAGGUCCAAAGAUAAAAGGAGAUAUCAAAUCACCUGAAAUUGACAUCAAAAGUCCAGAAGUUGAUGUUGAAGGACCAAAGGGAGGAUUUGAAAUGCCUAAAAUGAAAAUGUCUUCAAUAAAUUUGAAAGGUUCAAAGGUUGAUGUUCCAGACGUUAAUCUUAAUCUGAAAGGCCCAAAAGUUGGAGGGGAUGUGGACGUUAACCUGCCAAAGAUAAAAGGAGAUCUAAAAGGUCCGGAAGUGGAUAUUGAAGGCCCAGACGUUGACAUUGAGGGUCACAAAGGGGGACUGAAAAUGCCUAAGUUUAAGAUGCCCUCAUUUGGUUUUAAAGGACCUAAACUAGAAGGUCCAGAUGUUGACAUUGAGGGUCACAAAGGUGGACUGAAAAUGCCUAAGUUCAAGAUGCCCUCAUUUGGUUUUAAAGGCCCCAAACUAGAAGGCCCAGAUGUUGACAUCGACCUCCCCAAGGCAGACAUUGAUGUGAAAGCACCCGAUUUUGAUAUUGAAGGAGCAGACCUUGACAUUAAGGGACCAAAUGCCAAACUGAAAGGUCCAAAAUUCAACAUGCCAAGCUUGUCUGGCCCAAAAAUAUCCAUGCCAGAUGUGGAUUUCAACUUGAAAGGCCCCAAACUCAAAGGUGACAUGGAUGUUUCAGGUCCAAAGAUCAAAGGAGAUAUCAAAUCACCUGAAAUAGACAUCAAAGGUCCAGAAGUUGAUAUUGAAGGACCAAAGGGAGGAUUUGAAAUGCCUAAAAUGAAAAUGCCUUCACUAAAUUUGAAAGGUCCGAAAGUUGAUAUGCCAGAUGUAGACAUUAAUCUGAAAGGUCCUAAGGUUGAAGGGGAUGUGGAUGUUAAUCUGCCAAAGAUUAAAGGAGAUCUCAAAGGUCCAGAGGUGGAUAUUGAAGGCCCAGACGUUGACAUUGAGGGUCACAAAGGUGGACUGAAAAUGCCCAAAUUCAAGAUGCCCUCAUUUGGUUUUAAAGGCCCCAAACUAGAAGGCCCAGAUGUUGACAUCGACCUCCCCAAGGCAGAUAUUGAUGUGAAAGCACCUGAUGUUGAUUUUGAAGGAGCAGACCUUGACAUUAAGGGACCAAAUGCCAAACUGAAAGGUCCAAAAUUCAACAUGCCAAGCUUGUCUGGCCCAAAAAUAUCCAUGCCAGAUGUGGAUUUCAACUUGAAAGGCCCCAAACUCAAAGGUGACAUGGAUGUUUCAGGUCCAAAGAUCAAAGGAGAUAUCAAAUCACCUGAAAUAGACAUCAAAGGUCCAGAAGUUGAUAUUGAAGGACCAAAGGGAGGAUUUGAAAUGCCUAAAAUGAAAAUGCCUUCACUAAAUUUGAAAGGUCCGAAAGUUGAUAUGCCAGAUGUUGACAUUAAUCUGAAAGGUCCUAAGGUUGAAGGGGAUGUGGAUGUUAAUCUGCCAAAGAUAAAAGGAGAUCUCAAAGGUCCAGAGGUGGAUAUUGAAGGCCCAGACGUUGACAUUGAGGGUCACAAAGGUGGACUGAAAAUGCCUAAGUUCAAGAUGCCAUCAUUUGGUUUUAAAGGACCUAAAGUGGAAGGUCCAGAUGUUGACAUCAACCUCCCCAAGGCAGAUAUUGAUGUGAAAGCACCUGAUGUUGAUAUUGAAGGAGCAGACCUUGACAUUAAGGGACCAAAUGCCAAACUGAAAGGUCCAAAAUUCAACAUGCCAAGCAUAUCUGGACCAAAAUUAUCCAUGCCAGAUGUGGAUUUCAACAUGAAAGGCCCCAAACUCAAAGGUGACAUGGAUGUUUCAGGUCCAAAGAUCAAAGGAGAUAUGAAAUCACCUGAAAUAGACAUCAAAGGUCCAGAAGUUGAUAUUGAAGGACCAAAGGGAGGAUUUGAAAUGCCUAAAAUGAAAAUGCCGUCACUAAAUUUGAAAGGUCCGAAAGUUGAGAUGCCAGAUGUUGACAUUAAUCUGAAAGGUCCUAAGGUUGAAAGUGAUGUGAAUGUUAAAAUGCCAAAGAUUAAAGGAGAUCUCAAAGGUCCAGAGGUGGACAUUGAAGGCUCAGACAUUGACAUUGAGGGUCACAAAGGUGGACUAAAAAUGCCCAAAUUCAAGAUGCCCUCAUUUGAUUUGAAAGGUUCUAAACUAGAAGGUCCAGAUGUUGACAUUGACCUCCCCAAGGCAGAUAUUGAUGUAAAAGCACCUGAUGUUGAUAUCAAAGGGGCAGACCUUGACAUUAAGGGACCAAAUGCCAAACUGAAAGGUCCAAAAUUCAACAUACCAAGUAUAUCUGGACCAAAAAUAUCCAUGCCAGACAUGGAUUUCAAUUUGAAAGGCCCAAAACUCAAAGGUGACAUGGAUGUUUCCGGUCCAAAUUUAAAAGGAGAUAUCAAAUCACAUGAAAUUGACAUAAAAGGUACAAAAGUUAAAACCGAUGUUCCAAGUCUUGAUUUUGAUCUAAAGCAUAGCAGUGAACCACCAAAGUUCCCAACAAUACCUGGGUCCAAAGCAACACUAUCAAAUGUUGACGUACAUCUGAAGGGAUCGAAAUUAAAGGGGGAAUUUAAAGGAGAGGGUCAAUUUCCAAAAGCUGAACUGAAAGCCACUGAUGUCUUGGAAGUAUCUCCGAAAAAGUCUAAGUUUAAAAUGCCAAAGGUUGGAUUCAAGAGUCCAAAGAUAAAAACCUCAGAACCUGAUAUUAAACUGGAGCAUGGAGAUGUCAACAUUAAAGGAAAGACUGGGAGCCGCGAGGGACUUGAUUUUGACAUUGGUUUGUCUGGUUCAAAAUCUAAAAGUCCUAAAUUUAAGAUCCCAAAAUUUGGCCUCAAGGGUCCAAAAGUUGACAUGCCAGAAGCUGAUCUUUCAAAAUCUGAAAUUGACAUAAAAACAUCAGAUGUCACAACAGCAGGAGCAGGAUUUGAUGUUGAUAUUCACAGUGGAAAACUUAAAGGAUCAAAAGAUGUGGAUUUAAAUCUGACAGGUCCAAAACUUAAAGGGGAUUUGAAUGUGUCAGUUCCCGAUGUGGAUCUCAACCUGAAAGAAGCUGAUAUAAAAGGUCCAAAGUUUGAAGUCGAGGGACCGAAGGGUGGAUUAGAAAUGUCCAAGAUCAAGAUACCAUCUUUUGGCAUCAAACUUCCUCAGCUGGAAAAGUCAAAUGAUACUAUAAACAUUCCAAAUGUCAAGGCUGAUACAGUAACCCCCAAAGUUGACAUUGGUGGAGUUGAUGUUAAAGGUCCUGAGGCAAGUCCCAAUGCUAAACUUCCAUCAGUAUCAGGACCCACCUUGCCAGACUUAAACAUUAAUCUUUCAAGGCCAAAAACAAAAGGAAAUGUUAAUAUUACUCUCCCUAAAACUGAUACUGAUAUCAAAGUACCAAAGACAGAAAUCAAAGGAGCAGGAAAAAUAACACCACCUGAAGUUGAUAUCAAAGGUCCACAUGUUGAUCUUGAGGGUGGCAAAGAUGGGUUUGAAAUCCCUAAAAUUAAAAUGCCAUCACUAGACUUUAAAGGCCCCAAAACAGGGAGUCAAGGUGUUGACAUCAACCUUUCCAAAGCCAAAAUAGAUGUUGAUUCCUCUACAGUAGACUUUAAAGCACCCAAAGUGAAACUGCCAACUGUAUCAGGCCCUGAAUGGGAUAUUAGUCUGAAAGGUUCAAAUGUUGAAGGAAAAGAAAUUAAUGUUAACCUUCCUAAAACAGACAUUGACAUUAAAGGACCAAAAUUAUCCAUGUCAGAUGUGGAUAUGAAUCUUAAAGCUCCUGAUGUUGACAUCAAGGAUCCCGAGGUUCAUACUGGAGGGCCCAAGGUUGGUUUUAAAAUGUCCAAAGUCACACUGCCAUCAGAAUCAGAAGUUGAUGUAAAUUUUCCAAAAGCUGACUUAAACAUUAAAGCACCUGAAGUAAACAUAAAAGGACCAGAAUUUGGUUCCACUGAAGCAAGUCUUGAUGUCCCUGACAUAGAUGUGAAGGGGAAAAAGGGAAAGUUCAAACUUCUAAAAGUGAAAGGAAAAGCAAGGAAGCAAGAAGCUACACCAGAAGUAGACCAGGGUAUUGACACACCGAAUAUUGAUGUGAAAGGGACACAUACUAAGAAGUCUCUUUUUGGUAAACUUCAUUUCCCUGAUGUAGAACUAGAUAUUAAAUCUCCAAAACUAAAAGGUGAUGGAUCUUUAGCUGAGGGAUUUAAAUCACCUGAUACAAGUGUAUCAUCUGACAGUGCAAAGAUUUGUUUGGAAGGCCCUGAUGUUAAUGUCAAAGGAGGUCCAGAGCUUAGUGCAAGAACUUCAGGACAAUCAGCUAGUGGCCUUCAGUAUCCAGAGGGUACAAUACAGUUUCCAAAAAUCAAAGUGCCAAAGUUUGGCAUUCUUCAGCCUAAGGUGGAAGGCCAAAAUGUUCCAGGAAAAGGAAAAUCAGAUGCAAUGAUGGGUGGAAAAUUAGACCUGGAAGGUGAAUCUGGAGUCAGUUUGUCAGCUAAAGGAAAGUCAGCCUCACUGGAUCUAUUUAAAAAAUCAAAGCACCGAUCUUCCUCUGCUAGUGAUGAAGGUUCGCUUGCAGUUAGCUCUCCUUCAGCUCUUUCAGAAGCUGAAAGUGGUGACAUUUCAAUAGAUGUAGGAGGAACUAAGGUCAAAGGUAAGAAAGGCAAAUUAAAAUUUGGCACAUUUGGAGGUUUUGGAUCUAAGUCCAAGGGCUCAUACGAAGUAACACUUGGAAACGACAAUGAAGGAGAGACAGAGGGGAGUACAGAUGCUUCUGUACCUUUGAAAAAAUCUAGAUUGUCGUCCUCCUCAAGCAGUGACAGUGGAUCAAGAGGUGCUUUCAGGCUUCCAAAACUUGAACUAUCAGUUUCUCCAAAAAAAUAAUAGUAAGAUCAAUUAAACCUUCUCCUAAUGCAGUAUAAGUUUUGAACUUUAGUUCUUUUAAAUUUAAUAGAACAUGCACAAUUAUCUCUGUUUACCUAUGAAUGAUAAUUUUAAAGAAAAUGAAAUAGGAGAGAAUUAGAUUGUUAAAAAAUUCUUCAAACUGUACAUAAGAUAAAUGUAUACUUUUAUUAAUGAAUAUUGUUUUGUACAUAGUCCAGAUUUAUUAAUCUAUUGCAUCACACAAAAUUAUAGGUCAUAUGUUUUGUUUCUUCUUUAAACAAAUUUUUUUAUUGAAUAGUUGUUACAUAUUCGUAACCAGGGGCUACUGCAAAGAAUAUACAUCACAGUUGUUUCGAAGGAAAAUGCUCUAUAUACAUUU